CGUCGCUCGACAGUCGAAGCCGGUCUCUCGGCGUGCGAGUAUCGAGAGUAUCGCGAGAGGGUUCGUUGCAUUCGUUUCGUCGAUAACGCGAACUUGUCACCUGUCAAACGGCGCUCGUUGUACGAAUUCAAGUCGGCCGAGAGUUGACCCGAUUAAUUUCCGAGUUCUCCCGUCGUAUUCGCCGCGUGUGUGCGCGCUUACGGACCAUCCAGUUCUCUCUCCCUCCCCGUUGUGCGUUCGUUCGUGUCGUGCCGUUCGCCAGCCACGUUUCCGCUCGCGUGUGUCCAGUGUGCAGAAGUGUGUGGAUGCCACGGCGGAAGCAUAGCCGUCGAGAUCGCCGCGAGGACGUUCCCCCUGGCCGGUUCACUCUCAGAAUUCCAGUGGCCAGGAAGCUCCGUCGAGGAAGAAAUUACGUCGGAGGGAAGUUCUGCUUCGGCUGUAAAACGAGCCACCGAGGCGUGAGUGUCUACGCGAGUAACAGUUUUCCGGCUCGAUUCCCAAAACUUUCACGGUUAUUCGCCUGAGCCCGACGACUUCGUGAGAGAUUGUCUUCUGGUAUAGAAAACGAGAGCUGAUGAAUAGCGAACGGAAGUCGAUCAUCUAAGCGGAUCGGAAGCUGUGAACCGAGGACGUUCUCACGACUCGAAGGAUAGAGUUUAUGCUCGUUUGCAAGACAAUAAUUUUCACGUGAACGAGGAUUCAAGAGGAUAUCUGUGGAUUUAAAUAAGCUGUAUUGACAAAAUCAUGCGGUGAUACUCGAAGAAGCCGAACUGCAAAACGUACAUAUCAACUCAUAUCGUCAUAGCCAACUCGAAGCAUCUUCACUGAAGCACCAUCGAGAGCACUAACGAAGCAUAUCAGAUGAAAAUGAAAGUCCAACGAUGAUCCUGUCUCGUCCACGUGAUAUCAGGUGUCGAUCAAGCCGGAUCGACGAGAUUCCCCAACGCACCCUGUCGUAACCUCUCUGCUCCGAAGCUUGGACCGAAGUCAACGACCAAUUAAGUCGUCUGUAUCGUAACAAGAACCCGUACUUCACCCCCUACUCGUGACAGAAUAUUCGAAAAUUCGAACGCGGGCCAGUGAGACCGAAGGCCUGAGAGGAUGUUGCUGAGGUAACGCGACCUCUCGAGCCGGCUGAAGAACGAUCUGUAAUCGAACCGUGCUCGAAGAACGAAGAGGUAGCAGCUGACGAAGAGCUGUGGAUUCCGCAAGGCCAGGUCCAGGCUGAUAGCGAAGCAUGGGUUUCCCCAGGAGAAGAUCCCUGUGGCUUAAAGUGGCGAUUCUAGCAACGGCGGUCUGGGCCACCGUGUGCUUCCUGUUGUACACCGAAGACCGUGCCAAUGUCGCUGUGCAAGGGUUGGCACCAUCAGGCGUCGCGGCGCCUCAAAUGGCCAAUGGUUUCGUGCCUGCAGCCGCGCCUCUGAGAAAAGAGACGCCACUUAACCAGCCCAAGCCAAAGGUGGUGCAGGCCGGGCCCGAGCAAGGUGGCGGUGUGCUCGUUGCACCUCGCGAGCAGGACUCGAGCGCGCCUGGUGAGAUGGGAAGGCCCGUGAUCCUGCCAACAAAUUUGACUGCCGAAAUGAAAAAGCUCGUGGACGACGGAUGGCUAAACAACGCGUUCAAUCAGUAUGUCAGCGACUUGAUUUCCGUUCAUAGAACACUACCUGACCCGCGUGAUCCAUGGUGCAAAGAACCUGGAAGGUAUUUGAAGGAUCUUCCUCCCACAGCAGUGAUAAUCUGCUUCCAUAACGAGGCCUGGUCAGUAUUGCUGAGGACGGUUCAUUCCGUUUUAGACAGGUCACCAGAGCACCUUAUACAGGAAAUUAUUUUGGUCGACGACUACUCCGACAUGCCGCACCUGCAGCGUCAACUGGAGGACUACAUGAUGAACUACCCGAAGGUGCAGAUCAUUAGGGCACAAAAACGCGAGGGUCUGAUCAGGGCUCGUUUGCUGGGCGCGGCAGCCGCCAAGGCCCCGGUCCUCACAUACUUGGACAGCCAUUGCGAGUGCACCGAGGGCUGGCUGGAACCCCUUCUCGAUCGCAUCGCUCGUGACCCGAAGACAGUCGUUUGUCCCGUGAUCGAUGUUAUCGACGACACCACGCUGGAAUAUCAUUGGAGGGAUUCCGGCGGUGUGAACGUGGGUGGGUUCGAUUGGAAUCUGCAGUUCAACUGGCACGCGGUCCCCGAGAGAGAGAAAAAGAGGCACAAGAACUCCGCAGAACCUGUGUGGUCACCGACGAUGGCUGGAGGCCUCUUUUCGAUAGAUCGAGCAUUCUUUGAGCGCCUGGGCACGUACGACAGUGGAUUUGAUAUUUGGGGUGGCGAAAAUCUCGAGCUCUCCUUCAAGACGUGGAUGUGCGGAGGUACCCUGGAAAUCGUGCCGUGCUCGCACGUGGGCCACAUCUUCCGGAAACGUUCGCCGUACAAGUGGCGCAGUGGCGUGAACGUGCUCAAGAGGAACAGCAUAAGGCUGAGCGAAGUGUGGCUGGACGAGUACGCCAAGUACUACUACCAGAGGAUAGGUCACGACAAGGGCAAGUACGGCGACGUAUCGGAACGGAAGGCACUGAGGAAGAAGCUCGGCUGCAAGUCGUUCAAGUGGUACCUCGACAACGUUUAUCCGGAGCUGUUCAUACCUGGCGAGGCAGUGGCUUCCGGCGAGGUUCGUAAUCUCGGAGAAGGAGGUAACACCUGUCUGGAUUCGCCGGCACGCAAGGCAGACUUGCACAAACCGGCUGGGCUCUACCCCUGCCAUCGACAGGGCGGAAAUCAGUACUGGAUGUUGAGCAAGACCGGCGAGAUCCGUCGAGACGAGUCGUGCCUGGAUUACAGCGGCACCGAUGUCAUCCUCUAUCCUUGUCACGGUAGCAAGGGGAACCAACAAUGGAUUUAUAAUCCUCAGACGAAGCAAAUCAGACACGGUAGCAGCGACAAGUGUCUGGCUAUCACCGAGAGCAAGCAGCGCUUGAUCAUGGAGGAGUGUUCGGCGACAGCAGCGAGACAGAGGUGGUCGUUCGAGAACUACGACCCAUCGAAGCUGUGAUAUCGCGCUUUUUCGCGUCGCCAGUCGAAAAAUCUCGGCCGAAGGUUCGACCGUGCCGGCUCUUGGGUGCCUGUUCAACGUUAUUCCGUCGCCAAGACCCGUUUCGGUAGAUAGACGCCGUGGUAUCGAGGCUAGGACGCCUCGAGGUACCAUCGACCAGCCGCUCCAGAUCGACUGCAGGACGAGAGAAGCGCGGAGAAUUAGUCGAAGGACCUUCCGAACGGAGCAGAACCAUCUGGCAGAGCCUAAACGAAGAAGAGACACGUUCCGAUCCUCGGCUCUAAUCUCUAACUGUAAGACGGACGAAGUGCAAUAGAAACGUCGUUUUAAGGCUGAUGGAGGAGCACUGGCCCCUUGGAUAAGCUGUAACCGGUGUACAAUGAGAGAUGGGACACUUGGAGAGUGAUCGGGGUGUCGAUACACGCUCGAGGAACGCUUUCGCUGGCAUUGAAGAAUUGCAAGCUUCCUGGUGGAGUGGAAGCACGCGAAGGAAUCUUGGACUUUUAAUCUUCCUCUUCUGCUUGGCUAGCGUUUAACCUGGAUUUUUCUUUUUAUUCUCUUUCGUUCAUGGGUCACGCGUCGAUGGUUGUUGUUUUGGGGAGACUCGACUUGUGGUAUCGCUUGUAAUUAUUUGAUCCUCCAUAUCAGUUGACAGGAGGAUCCUGUUGUUAGAGUAAAAUAGGUUCGUUGAUUUUUCACACGCAACGUUGGGGAAUUCACGAAAUGUUUAGGGUAUGGGAAUAUUAAUCAACGCUGAACCUGCUAUAAUUGAUUAAAUGAGAGAUGGAUAGGGAAAUGAAGGAGGAAGAAUUUUAGAGAAAAUAUAGUAAGGGAUCAGAAAAUUGAUUUUAUACUAGAAGAAAAAUCGCAAUGUUAAGUCACCAAAGUGGAAUUUUUAA